AUGUUCAGUAAUAGCUCAACAUCAGCGCGAAUGAUCCAAACCAUGGACCAGAAUGAGAAGUUCAUCUGGGAGACGUUCAAAACCCCAGGCUCAAGAGCAUGCUGCAAUCCCCUCUACCUCCAGAUGCGGCUAGAGGGACAGUGCGAAGCAUGUUACCCAACACCGAAUGCAGAGUACAAUCACCAACAGAGGUGCCAGGAACGGACCCCCACAGGAUUUCGGGGACACCUAUCAAACUCCAACUCCGAACAAGACAGGGUUUUUAUCGGCCACUGUCCAGAUAUUAUCUGCAACAUGCAUGGGCUCAAGCCGUCCUCGCUGAUUGUUCAUUCAUCAUCUUCACCUGUGGCGCCUGUGAACGGAUUGGAAUACGCCAAAGAGAGACCCAGACACUCUAUCUCUCAGACGCAAUCAAUCCAAACAGCUGCACAAAUCCUCCUUAUCGAAAACUUCAUCUUGGUCUUCAUCUAG